GCGCGGUAGCCGGCGGAGGAUGUCGGUGCCGCCGCUGGGGCGGCUCCGCCAGGCGCCGCGUCACCUGCUGGUCUGUGAGAAGGGCCACGCGCGGCACGCGCGCUCGCGGCACGCGGCGCACGUGCGGGACCACGCCUACAACUGCCGCGUAUCUUUUUUGAUCCCUGAAUGUGGCAUACUACCUGAAGUGCUGAAAAGUACUAUUGCGGAUGUUGGAGAGUACUACCUGGUGAGGAGUUUAUCGGUUCAUGAAUUGGUUGCUCAAGAAUUCAUUGAUGCUUUUGUGAAGAAAGGUUCAUGCUACGCACUUACCUAUAACACAAAAAUUGAUCAAGAUAAUACUGCAGCUCUGCUACCAAAUGGAAAACUAAUUCUGUCAGUGGAUAAGGAUACUUAUGAGGAACUUGGACUGCAAGGUCGCCCUUCUCAGUAUUCUGGCAAAAAAGUAAUGAGAUAUAUUAUAACUAUUGACUUGACUGAUUCUGGCUUUCACCCUGAUAGCAAGAAACAUAACAGAGUGCUUUGGGCCUUGAAAGAGAAGAAACCUUUAGAAUUUGACUUCCUACUGGCUUGGUAUAAUACGGGUGCAGAGGGAUCAACAUUGAUGUCAUACUUUUCAAAAAACCAAAUACAGGCCCUGAAGCCAAAAAUAACAUUCAGCACAUUAAGGGACUUGCAGUGUCCAGUGUUACAAAGUAACGAACUACAAGGAAAGCCAGAUGAGUCCUGCAGUACAGAGGAACUGUUUGAAUGGCUAGGUGCUGUCUUGAAUCAAGUUAGCUUAGACAACAAAUCAUCUAGCUUCUUAUCAACCUAUUGCUGUCCUCAGCCCAACACAAUGGUGGAAAAAGCUUUUUUGUGCACAAUCACAGGCUUUAUAAUUCCUGAGAAGAUAAUUCAGUUAUUGGAGCAGCUGUGUUGCUAUUUUGGUGAACCAAAACUGGCAUAUUGGCUGACCUUAACUGUGCAUGGCUUUGCAGACAGCCCUGUUUCCUGGAGAGAAAGUGAACAUGGUUUCCACAAGGGAGGAGAGAACUUGUACAACUUUGUCAUUUUUAGAAAUCUGGACUACUGGCUUCAGAUGGCUGUAGGAACUAAUGAUGAUUGUCCUCCAUAGAGCUACGUCUACAGAAGAAAUUUUGUAAUAAUCCCAUGUUACUGUGUAGAAACCUAAUAAGAUAGUUUUUAUAAAAGUAAUUAGGUAACAAGUUAAGUACUGAGAGGCUGUGUAUGUUUUUCCAUUAUUUAUAGCCCUUAAAGGAUGACCUACAAUGGAAGGAAUGGAUUUUUGUUUCUUCACUGUCAUACAGUGCCUUCUGAAAGACUUCACAAUUCUAGCUUUAAGAAAAAGAUAUGUUUUUGAGAGUUUAACUUCUCAGGAAUUGACUGUAGGUGGUUUCCUUUUAUGCAGGAGUAAUUUUGGAAUUUGAAAGUUAGUUUUGCAGAUUGCUAGCUAAAAUAUUUGGGAGGAAAGCUCAUUUUGGGAUUUAGUGUUUUCUUGCGUUACAUUAAAGAUCUGUAAAACCUUCAAAUCCGUGUUUAAGACAUUUCAGCCUACAUGCUGGCAAAUAAAAAAAAGGGAGAU